UGGACUGUCGACAUCAAAUUACUGGGGGGCGCGCAAUGGCUGCGUGUGAAACGUCCCUUGUUACAUCUUCGGGUGCUAUCCGAAAAAUAACCUCCGGGUGUACCAUGACACCCACCAAUAAUCCGACAGUGUGCUCUGGUAAAUCAAUCCCUUGGCAACAAAGACUCUUUGGUAAAAACUUGUUAUACUGCAAUCAAAUAAAAAAGCCAGAUGAUGAUUCCAAAUCCUCCAGCGUUGAUGUGAGCAGUUUUAUCAGCGAAUCUGGUGGUUCUACGUGCGAAGUGAUCGGUGUUUACUUCAGCUUCAUUAAUGCAAGUGCCACGUGCGAUGAAUUUACUAAACAAUUGUCUGAUUUGUAUGCUCAUGUCAAUUCUAUUGUUGCGAUCAAUGGAGAUUCUGACUCGCGACAAAAGAAAAGGUUUGAAGUGGUACACGUUGUCCUUUGGAGUAAUGUAACAGAUGUACUAGACUUUGAUGAGAGUUUCAAAAAUCAUGUGGCUGAUUUACCAUGGCUAGUGGUACCUAAUGAAGAUUAUGAAAGAAAGACAAGACUAACACGAAGGUAUCGUAUCAAGUCUGGAGUGCCAACGUUGAUCCUUUUAGAAGGAGCAAGUGGAUCUGUGGUGACACGAGGAGGUGUUGAACGUGUUCUAGAAGAUCCAAGUGGCGUUAACUUUCCAUGGAGACCUCCACAUCCAAAAGCAACGCUUGAGGAUGGGCCCCUAUUAGCGUGUGGAGCGAGGGAAAGUAAAGAACCAAUGCUCCAUGAAGAAUUAAGACAUUACAUCAAGGGUGUAUAUUUUAGUGCUCACUGGUGCCCACCAUGUCGAGCUUUUACUCCACAAUUGGUAGAUACUUAUCAACGAAUAAGGGAAAGAGGUCACAAUUUUGAAGUUAUAUUCGUCAGCUCUGAUCGGAGUGAAGAAUCUUAUAACGUACAUAUUGAAUCGAUGCCAUGGUUAAGGAUACCGUUUGGACAUGAAGAGCGAAGGAAAAAGUUGGCAAUAGCCCUCGAUGUUCAAGCGAUACCUACACUUGUCAUCCUCGAUCCUCGGGACAAUAUCAUCACUCUUGAGGGUCGUGGAGAACUUCUAGAAGACCCUGAGGGGCUGAAUUUCCCCUGGACCACCCGACUGGUUAACAUUUUAACCGAAAAAUACGCCACAUCAUUGCACGAUGCUCCUGCAAUAAUUUUAUUUGUUGCUUCAGAGGGUGAAGACUGUGAAAUUCAAUUUGGUGAAAGUGUUCUCUUACCAUCUGCAGAAGCUUACAGGAGAGAGAAACCAGACUAUGAUCCCAAUUAUGAUGAUCCUGAUGAUAUGCUUCAAUUUUACAUCGCUUUAGACUGCGAAACGUCGGACAUUCUACGAGAAUUUGUAGGACUGGAUGACGCGGUACCAUUGCUCACUGCCAUUGAUAUCCCACGAGGAAUUUAUGCUGUGAUGGAAGACGGUGCAGAAAUAACAGUAGAUUCUGUUCAGCAAUUUGUUGAUGGCUUUAGAAAUGACAAACUACCAAUAAAUAAAAUAGCUGCAGUGCAAAAAUCUUCAAAAAAUGAGAAAACAACUAUUUAAAGUACUUAAAAUAUCUUUACA